AUGAAGCGAGCCUUGGAAAUCACCUUGAUAUCCGCAGAGAACAUCCGGCUCAACAAGAAGCCCGUGAAGAACGCAGUCGUGGCGGUCCGAGCAGAGCCCGGCCACGAAUGCUGGACUAAACCGGCGCCAGACAAAGGAACAAACCCUCAGUGGAACGAGAAUCUCGUCGUUGACUUGCCCCUGCAUGCGGGCUUCAUUACCUUGGAAGUUAAGUGCAAGAGCUCGUCGGGGAGUUACAAGCUCGUCGGCGGAGUGACGGUACCAGCUUCGGAUUUCGCUGGCGAUUUUGGCACACCGGAGGGUUACGUGCGUUUUCUCAGUUAUAGGUUGAGGGAUUCUAAUGGCGUGCGGACAGAUGGCAUCAUUAACAUUUCGGCAAAAAUGGCCGCGCCGGCACUGGCACGCACAUAUGAGGUUCCGCGGCCGGAGAUCAGAGUGCCGGUUGGUGAUCAGAGCAAGAUGGUGGCGGCCGGUGGAUUGGUAACUGGAUUCCCAGUUUGGUACGCCCAGCCCUGUAGAUGA